UUUGCCUGUAGAAAAAAGUAUUUAGUAAUAUUUGGAACAUACUUAAAUAUGAGAUACAAUUAAAUGAAAUAUAUGACCACACCUAGAGGUAAAAUUAAACGCAUUUUAUUGAAGGACCUUUUAAUCUACUCGUCGAGUUUUUGGUUCCAUUGCAAGUUUCAUAAUUGAGGUUAUGGUUUUUCAAAAAUAGUUUUAUUGCAAUUUAUGGCGAUCACGUAACGAUCCCAGUUCGCAGAAGUACGUUCAAAUGAAACAUGCUUUCUAAAAGUACAUGUUCAUUAACUUUAACCUUUACCGCCCGACGCUAAAAAUACAACACCGCUCGAUGGAAAACGCAUGUAAACAUCUCUGGAAAACAUUUGGGCUAUUUUUAUAGACGGGAUAUUCUCAGAAAAUAAAAAAAAAACAUUUAGUACAAACAUUACUCACAUCACAUUGUUUGUCGUUCUGUUUAAAUGUUUCGAUUUUCCAUAAAUCGCUAUAACGCUGUACUAGUUCAUUAAAAAUUAGGACAUUCAAUGAAACCGUCAACACUGUUAACAAUUAAGAAAGAGUAAGGAUUUCUUUACAUUUUUUUUUUAGAAUAGCCCAGACGUUAAAAUCGCGCUUGACGAACUGGGAAAAAAAGUUUUCAGUGGGUACUGUCACUCUUGGUCAGUUAGAAUUCUUAUUUAUUUUGAAUGGAUUAUUCUUUUAUGUCUAGGCAUAAUUGUGGGCUGAAAAGAAUUCGUGAUAUAAAAAAAUCAAGGUGUGGUAGUUGUAGUACUUAUAUCACAUUGUUAUUAAAAUAUUUAUUAACACAAUAAGUUACAUGGGUUAUGAAAUAUUACAUAUUACUAAUAUUUCAGUUAUUUGCCUUUAGAUCACUUGCCAUUUUGAUAAUUUCAAGAAAGUACUUAUUACAUAAGUUUUAUUUGUUUUUAGGUAAAAAGCUUCUAAAUGUUUUGUUUAUUAUUCGUUUUGCUAUUGAAGUUACAAAUACUUAAGAUGAGAGAAUGUACGGACCGGCCCUUAACGACUAGAUAGUAAAAUAAAUAAUUAUUUUUUAAAUAAAUUGUUUUGAAUAUUAAUAAGUAUUUACGUUUAUUUAUUAACUGAUACCGAACUUUACCUCUCGGUAUUUUUCCACUAAAAUGAAUAAUAAUAUGUAAUUAAAAAUAUAAUGUAUUUAAUUUAAGUUCCAUAAAUAUAUUCCGAAUUUAUUUUAGCUACUUAAAAAACCUAACGUAGGCCUUUUUGGGAAAACUCAGUUUAAGAAUAAAUCGCGACGAACAAGUGUGAACAGUAAAAAAUAGUAAAUCAAAUAUAUCACACGUUUACUAAAUGUGUUUGGAUAAAAAGUAAGAACAAGAUCAUUAAAUUAGGUUUGCAAUGAAAAUACAUUUAAAAGAAAUAUGUUUGAUUCUGAAAAGUAACUUAAAAAAAAAAUACAGUCGAAUUGAGAACCUCCUCCUUUUUUUGAAGUUGGUUAAAAAUGGGUUUUAUUGUUUUUCUGUUCUGUUUUUAACUUCAAUAGUGAAAUAAUGGUGAUCUUUAUGAUAAUAGUGUCGGUGCAUUACUUCGAUUGAAUAAAUGAGAAUAAAUUAUGAAUAUGAGUUUAAUAUUAAUAUGAAGCUACACACAAAUGUGGUAAUAACCUUAAUUGAACUGUUUAAACUCAUUUGUUUUAUUCAACGGGUCACAGAUUGUUAUCAAUUCCGAUCAGAGAGCUGUCAGUGUAAUUUUAAUUGAUGAGCCAGUGUGGCAGCUGCCCCGCGAUCACUUGUCACGAGUUGCACUUCAAUCAUAUGUUGCAAAUGUAAAGAUUAGCCUACACUAUGUACCAAAUAAUGUAAUUGAAUUGUUCUGUAAUUACCCUCUCUGAAAUUAUAUUUCUCGAAAUUGUUAUGUUACAAUUAAGUUACCCAAUUUUCCGUAUAAAUGUGUCGUGAUUCGCUGCAUUUCAAAUGCUAUUAAGAUUGUAGUACAAAGUGAUUAAUUUGUAGUUGUCACAACAAUUGUGUUAAAUUAUGGUAAUAGAAUUUAUUUAGUUGGAACGUUUUGUUUUAUUUACUCGUUUCUUUGGUAAUUGCGUGUCGUAAUCGCUGUCAGGUCGCGAAGCGAUAGGUGUAAUGUUUGCCCUUAUCAAAUUAAUCACAUCGCGAUAAAGUCUACGCGAUACGUAGUGAGCGAGGCGCGGAGGCGCGGCGUUGAUGUCGAAUGCGUGCAGCGCGUAGUGCUUACUUCGUAGCGUUAUCGGGAAAGCGCGGGAAAAUCGCGGCGACGACCGCUCGCUUCAGUAGGCUCGCGGCCGCCGACAGACAUGGACGGGUCCGCGCGCGCGAUCGUUCUCGCACUCGCGCUGUUCGCGUUCGCGUCCGCGCGCGCCCACAUACCAUCCCACGAUAACAUCCUCAGGAUACAACUGUGGGACGCGGAGGGUCUCAGCCGGGAUCCCAUCACUACGCCGGCGCCCACCACCACGCUGGCUCCGCGCACCACCAGGCGCCACAAGUUGAAAGUGAACUUGGACUUGCUGUACGACGCUAUGCUGGAGGAAGGGCACGGCGGAGGCUUCGGCAGGUUCACCCGGCACAAGGUGCGGCACAAGCGGCGCCGGCCCCGGCAGACUGGCACAGACCUGCCGUGGCGGUUCCACUCCGGCGACCGGCUCGUCAACGUAGCCGUGUACGACGACAACGUGCCGUGGGAAGCCAUCGAGGCUGACAAUGCCGGGACGAUGGUGAAUGUCAGUGCAGUGAGUGAGAGUUCGAGUGCCAGUUCCCCAGUGAAUGGGUCGCGGGACGUGGGGCCCCCCAUGCUGCUGCGUCAGCCUGAGGACGAGGAUGACGAAGAAAAAGAACUGCCAGUGGUCCCAAAGUGCUGUCCAAGUGGUCAAAACCUUACGAUCACAAUCCAAGAUGGCGCAGUGAAGACGGUGUGCGCUCGGUCCACGUUGACAUUCCAGCCCAUCUUCCACCAAGCCAACGAGACCCAUAUAUUCAGCUACGACAGCAAUGUGUACGAGACUAUUGUUGGUAGUCCCUGUCGGUAUGGAAAGUACAGAUUCCAGCCGGACAUAAACAGUCACGACGAAUUCUACCUCCUUGUUAACGGGUCCCUCUUCGUUCCUUACUCAAAGCCGACACUACUAGGGACCAGGGACUACUGCAUGGAGACCUUUUGGAACGAAUCAGUCCCUGCGGGGAUAACUGUGCCUGUCGUAUGUUUUACCACGCCGAUGGAGGAGACUAAGACAUCGUCGACACUGAUUGCUUAUGCCACAGGGCUGUUAAUAUCAGUACCAUUUCUUCUGGCGACGGCGUGUGUUUACCUGUUCAUCACAGAGCUCCGUGAUACUCAUGGGAAGGCUCUCGCUUGCCACACCGUGUCCUUGGCUCUAGCCUUCACUUGUUUGGCCACCACACAACUCGCAGGACAUGCCUUUCCUACAGUCGCAUGCACUAUUAUGGCGUAUAUGAUCCAGUUUUCCUUUGUGUCCUGUUUCUUCUGGCUCAACGUGAUGUGUUUCGAUAUAUUCCUCAAUGUUCGGAGAUACAUCAACGCGUCAGUAACAAGACGUAGCAUGCGAAGGAGGUUUGCCUGGUAUUGUGUGUACGCAGUAUUGUUCCCAAUACUUCUGCUAAUUGUCACAAUCACUAUGGACUUGUCACCGGCAGUGCCCAGCACGUAUCUCAAGCCUAACUUCGGUGUUAAAGGGUGCUGGUUUAAAACGGAUCAAGCGGCGUUGCCAUACUUCUACGGGCCCGUAGCGUUGAUCCUGUUCAGCAAUUUUUGUAUAUUUUUCUUCACAUCGCGAGCUAUCGCUAAACAUUAUGAUAAACUGAAGGAUGUUACUCCUCUGGACCUGACGCAUUCAGACUUCAGUACAUCAGACGAUUGGGUUCGGCUGGGCACGGUGCUGGGCCAGCCCCUGCCUGUGACGGAGACGUCGACACCGCCGCGAGAGGCGCCCACCAACUUCAACCAGAGGCUUAAGAAGUACAAGAAGUUGUUCCGUAUGUGUUGCCUCCUCUCCCUCAUUAUGGGUCUCUCGUGGGUCCUAGAGGUGGUCUCGUGGGCAGCCGGUGCGGGCUCUGACGUCAUGUCCGUCUGGUCAGUGUUUGACCUCGUCAACGCUCUGCAAGGAGUCGUCAUCUUCGCCAUCUUUGUUUUGCAACAACCCGUCCGGUCUCUUGUAAGGAGUUCCAAAAUCUUCAAUUCGUGCAAAAGAAAAAAGGACGGAUCAGAAGUGUCAGUGGUGAGUGAAAGAAAUAGCAUUAUAGGAGGUGGCAGGAGAGACUAUGUGUAGUGCAGUGAAGUAAGACAAUGAAUUAGACUCAGUUGACGAACAACUUGAUAAAAUUCAUGGUAAUACACUCGAGACUGAUAAUGGUAACAGUAUUAUUGACUUUGAAGAUUUUGUGACAAGUGGUGCUGAUGGAGAAUUUGAAUUAGAGUCCGAUUCAUGUAAAACUAUCAAACGAAUUGGGGAACAUUGUCUUCAAGAAAAACGACCAUUAUGAAAAACCGGGCAAAAAUGUAAAUUAUGUUUGUUGUUUUUGAAAUUUCAUAUGAUGAUGUCCAUGUGUGUAAAAAUUGAAACAAUCUCCAAAUUCGAAUACAUGCAUUAGUUAAAACAUUCUCUUUAAAAAUGUAAUAAAUGAAAUGUGCUUUCCCUUUAACGAGAUUAGGAUUCGCUUUCGAACCACUCACAUUAAAAUCUUCAAAGCAGCAACGCGGAGCAACUGUGAAAGGUAUAUGAACUUCAUUCAUGAUUUCAUUCCUGUGAUAGCGCCUUAAACUUGUUUAAAACAUUAUUUUGCGAAAUAUUAUUACAUCAUUUAAUUUGCUUGUACUGUUUGUUAUAAUUAGCUAAAGUAUAACGAAUAAAAGCUGUUUGUAGAUUAUUUUAAGAGUUUAAGUUACCGUUUUCAUAGGCUGGGUGCUCUUCGUCAUAACAAGGCCUUGGUUCAUAAUUUAGGUUAAGUAUUUUAAUGCAAUUGUUAUAUUAAUUAUUUAAGUUUAAGGUGUGUAAUUGUGGCUUCACACCGGCCUCGACCCAGCCUAAUUGCUUGUUAUAUGUAUGGUUGUUAAUACUUAGCGUAAGAAAAUUAAAUAUUUUUGUAAAGUACAUGACCAAGUUACUGAUUUUAUCUAAGCUAGCUGAUGUGAUGUCAGCAUCGGAACCUACAUUCUCUGAUAGACGAAAGUGUGUAGUGCCAUACGAUAGAAAAUAGUAAACUAAAAAGUGGUGCAUUUCAUUUCCUUUACGAGAACUAGUCAUAAUUUAUAAUUAAUGAAUGUUAUAUGCAGAAUUGCAGAUAGGCUAUUUAAUUUAUUUUCUUAUAUACUUAGUUAGGGUGGACAAAAUUUGGAUGUGUACAGUUGUAUUAAAUUCUUGGGUUGAACUGACAAGGAUACUUAAGGUAGUUUGAGGAAUUAUAUCAACUGAUUUAUUGCAUUUGUUGAGAGUUACGUGACUUUGAUAACUACUUACUUAGGCACGUGUCAGGUAUUUUUAUACCUAACCAUUCAUUCAUCAUAAAAACUCGUUUGCCAUCGUUUGACCUCAAAAUCAGCCAUUGGAAUUUUAAUAACAAUAAAUAAAUGAUUCAUAGGUUUAUUCUGAAAUGGGACAGGAUAAAUAUUGUCCUUGCUUUAAAUUUCGUAUGUACUAUUGUUCUACAGGCAUAAUUUAUUUCGAAAGCAAAAAUAAAUCGUCAGACGCUGAAGGUCGCAUAACAUCAUUCGGGGAUUGCCCUGACCAUCUACUAAAGCAGGUAAACGAGUUAUUAAAACCUUUUUUCUUUACAUACUCGAACUUGAACAUACGAAAGCAAAUUCAAAAUAUUUUUAUCAUUUCUGUUUUUUUUUAUUUGAAUUAGAUUGUUUUUUUUUAAUUCGUUUGUCCCUUAAUACGUUUCAAUAAGACAAAAAACAGUUGAUAUAAUUUCUAUCAAGUCGAGGGUCUAAAACGAACAGAAAAAACACUUUCAAAGUAACAUUCCGAAAUCAGCAAAAAAAUUGUUACUAAUGUUCUACACUCGACUACGCAAUCAGACUUCAGUAUUAUUUUCUAAUCGAUAAACUCAUAUUAAAACAAACUUUUCUACCCAUUAAUAUUGUUUAUCGACUCAGAACUAAUUUGCAAACAUUAUUGGUACUAAAUUAAAAUAAUAUUCUGGAUAAGACUGGUCGUAUGAAUAAUGAAACGGGAAUACGUAACAAAGUUAUUAAAAUACUAUUACGUGUAAAUAAGGAAAAAUAAAUGUAAGGCUUGACGAAGAAUAUUGAAGGAAGAUAUAAAUCGUAUUCGGUUGGGACCAAACGAUGCGAGUAUCGGGUUUGCUCAUGCUACCAACUACAGGUAUAGUGUACAUACUGUGCAAGCCACACAGGCACAAGAAGAACUGUCUUCAAUCUCUCACUUGUGGUAGGUGCUCUUGAACAUCUUGAUGUUACGCUCAUUUACUCUCUAAAAUUUUCACCAAAAAGUUUCACUUCAAAUUUCGUACCAGAGUUAGUACCAGACAGGUAACCUACUUUUUAAUUUAAUUACUUGUAUAAAAGAAAGCGGUAUAAUGAAAUUGUCUUAUAAAUAAUAGCACGCAACGGUUUCGUCCCGUACCUAAUACGAAAACACCCUUCCAGCUAAGUUUGAUUCUGUUAGCUUUGCUUUCGCUAAACAAAAGUUUUUCGUGUGGAAAUACAAAUUGAAACAAAAUUUAAGGACCCACGACAAUAAUUAGUCUUGUAACUUUAAGUAUAUUUUAUUUUUGUUUAAACAUCAUUUGUUAUUUUCGAUUAUAAAAUGAAUCUUUAUUAACAGUAAAUGAAUAAAAAAUGUAAUUAAUGUAUAGCGAUGAGUUUGUAUAAAGUGUAAUUAAGUAUCUUGUAAGCUGAAACACGUUUAAUGUACAUUAUAAGACGAGCUUGGCUGCAUUGCCUUCUUAAUUGUUCUGAAAAAGUGCAUUUAAUACGGUUAAGCUACGAGGAAAGGCGUAGCUUAAGAUGUUUUAUUUGUAAAGUAUGAUCAUUAGAUGGAAAGUAAUGACGCAACGUUUUGUAACGUAUGCUAAAUGUGUUUUUUUGCGUUAAAUUUAGAGUGUAUGCGUGUGUAACUAUGUAUUAUAUUAAUUGUUAAAUGUUGAUGCGGAAUUUUUAAGUGAAAUGACAAUUUAAAAGUGUAUAUUUGUCUAUUUUGCAAAACAUGACGUUAAUAAACAAGCUUUAUAUAAAA